AUGAGUUCCUGCCAAACAUCACUGUAUGACAGACCUCAGAGCUAUUUGUCCAGUAGUUGCUACCCCACAAAUUACCUCUCCUAUAGCUGUCAAUCACUGAGCUUCAUCUCCUGUGUCUAUUGACCACUGAAUCUUGUAUCCAGCACCUGCUAUCUUUUGAAUGAUCUCUCCUAUGGUUGUCAAUCUGUAGGUGAUGUGUCCAAUAGCUUCAGACCCCUCAACUAAGUGUCUAAUAGCGUUCAACCUGUACAG